AUGACUAAAAAAGACACUAUGCACCCUUCGUAUGAGACAAUGAUUAUUGCUGCCAUUUCUCAUUUAAAGGAACGUAAAGGGAGUUCUCGUCCUGCUGUAAAAAAGUACAUUCUUGCUAAUUAUAAUGUGACUCCUGGAGCCCAUUUUGAUCAACAAAUCAAUCAUGCUAUUCGUCGAGGAGUUACCAAGAAUGUCUUUACGCUUCCAAAAGGAAUUUCUGGAACGAUUAAGCUUGGCAAAAUUGAAAAGAAGGCAUCUCAUGUUUCUACUGACAAGAAAAAGUCUGCUGACAAGAAAACUACCGACAAGAAGCCUAUUAAAGAGAAGACUAUUGACAAAAAAACGACUGACAAGAAGGCUAUUGAAAAGAAGGCUAUUGAAAAGAAGCCUGUUGAAAAGAAGACCACAGAAAAAAAGCCAGUUGAAAAGAAGGCUACUGACAAGAAGGCUAUUGAAAAGAAGGCUAUUGAAAAGAAGACCACAGAAAAAAAGCCAGUUGAAAAGAAAUCUACUGAAAAGAAACCUGCUAACAAAAAGACCACUGAAAAUAAACCUUCAACAAAGAAAGUAGCCACAACAAAGAAAUCCAUUGAAAAGAAAGUCCCUGUUCAAAGAACCACGAGAAGAACUAAUCCUAAAAGAGCAGUAGCUGCUGUUUAA